GGAGGCCGCGGGCUCUCCCCUGAGGGAAGCUCGGCGCAGGCAGCGCGGCGGGCGGUCGGGAGAGCGGCAGGGCCCCCGAGCGCGGAUGGAGCUGGUAGCGGGCUGCUACGAGCAGAUCCUGCUCGGGUUCGCCGCGCGGCCCUCUGAGUCCUGGACGGUUGUCCCUGAUUUUACACAUCAUGCCCACUCUGCCUCAUUGUCAGCAGUAGCAGUGAGCAGCAGAUACGUGGUCACUGGGAGCAGAGAUGAGACCAUCCAAAUCUAUGACAUGAAAAAGAAGAUAGAACAUGGGGCACUGCUGCAGCACAAUGGUACAAUAACUUGUUUGGAGUUCUAUGGUACUGCACAUCUACUGAGUGGGGCUGAAGAUGGACUAAUUUGUAUCUGGAACACAAAGAGAUGGGAAUGCCUGAAAUCUAUUAAGGCACAUAAGGGGCAUGUGACAUCUCUUUCUAUUCAUCCUUCUGGGAAAUUAGCCUUGUCAGUAGGAACAGAUAAAACAUUAAGGACCUGGAAUCUUGUAGAAGGACGAUCAGUCUUUAUCAAAAACCUGAAGCAAAAUGCCCACAUAAUUAAAUGGUCACCUGAUGGAGAGACGUAUGUGACCGUGAUAACAAAUAAAGUGGAUAUCUACAAGCUUGACACAGCUUCAAUCACUGGCACUAUCAUAACAGAGAAGAGAAUUUCUUCACUUAGAUUUAUUACAGAUUCUGUCCUUGCCAUAGCUGGAGAUGAUGAAAUUAUAAGGUUAUACAGCUGUGACUCUCAAAAAUGCCUGUGUGAAUUUAAAGCUCAUGAAAACAGAAUAAAAGAUAUCUAUAGUUUUGAAAGAGAAGGACAACAUGUUAUUGUUACUGCAUCCAGUGAUGGUUAUAUUAAAAUGUGGAAUCUGGAUCUUAAUAAGAUUGAAGAUGUGCCGUCUUUACUGUGUGAAGUCAGUACCAAAGCUAGGCUGACAUGUCUUGCAGUAUGGCUUGACCAAGCUUCAGAAAUGAAAGAAAAUUCUGAUAAAGCUGCGACAUCAUCUAAAGCAAAUGAAGAUGUAAAAUCAUCAUUAGUCAUGAAAAAAAAGGUUUCUUGGACCGAUAAAAGUGAUAAAACAACAGAAAGAAAGAGGAAAAUUACUUCAGAGAAACAAAAAUUGGAAGCUCCGCUGCAAAUAAAGAAAAAGAAACGGCAUAGUUCAGCAUGAAGGCAGCUGCUUUCUCUCCUGAAUAAAAAGUAAAUGCUGGUGUUGCUGUUGGCUUUUAUAAGGAUGUAAACCUCUGACAGGACAUAUACCUCUGAACUGACCUGUUGUUUAAAAGUAAUUAAUGUUUUUACCCUAAUAAAAUGACUGAUCAUUAUGAGAAGUAGCAAAAAAGAUGGCAACUUUUUCUAAGAGACGGAGGCAAAAAUAAAUUCAUAAUAUGUAAUGUUUAUAUUUUUCUAUUAACAAUAGCAUACACUUCUUAACUAACUCUGAAAAAGACAGCUAGGGUUAUAAAAAUAGCUUCAUCUGUCUCAGUUACACUUUUGUCUCACUUAAAUGCACAUUAAAAAUAUGUACACUUUUUC